AUAACGAAAAUGGCGAACAAGGCAUGCGGGUUUCUCUCUCGUCAGUUUGUUCCAGCUUUAUGCAAGACACUGAAGGGUUCAUUUAAUGCUCUAAAACCAGAUACUACUACCUGUGUUGUAAGAGGAAAGUACCCAGUGGGCUCAUUCAGCAUCAACAGACACUUCCAUACAUCAAACAGUGUUCAGAGCCGGAGAUUUAGCACAGCUGCUGAGCUAAAGUGUUCUCCUGAAGCCAGUAAAAAUGUUGUGGACUUGGUGAAUGAAACGUUGGUGACAGAGGACCUAGGCCGACUGUUUGCGGUAGUGCAAGUGGCAGGGAAACAGCGUAAGGUCACCACAGAAGAUAUGAUCAUUGUAGAGGCAAAUUUUCCACCUACUGUUGGUGAUCGAAUCAGGUUAGAAAAGGUGAUAUUGGUAGGCGGGAAGGAUUUCACUUUGUUAGGGACACCCAUGCUUAGUCGACAACAAGUAUGUGUGGAGGCAACAGUAAUUGAGAAAACAUUGUCACAUUAUAAGGUCAACUUUGGGUACAGACGAAGACAUCGGAGAUCUCACUUCCGUCUGGUGAGGAACCAACAGACAGUUCUGCUCAUUAACAGUAUCAAUGUGAACAGAAACAUGGAAUUGUAGAGUACUAGGGGACUGUGUGUAGUUACCUGUGGUUAUCUGUGACAUCCUGAUUACCUGUGGUCACCUGUGACAGCCUGACUAUAUGUGUUUACCUGUGGUUAUCUGUGAUUACCUGAUUACCUGUGGUUACCUGUAACUGACUUGCUAGGUUGGUUAUCUGUGAUUACCUGAUUACCUGUGGUUACCUGUGACUGACUUGCUAGGUUGGUUAUCUGUGAUUACCUGGUUACCUGUGACAGUGUGGUUACCUGUGACCACCUUUUUUCAGGUGACCACCAUGCUACUUGUGAUCACCUGACAUUGAUAAAUGUGACUGUAACAUUCGAAUUCACUGUUUGAUACUUGAAGUCAGUUUUUGGAUCCGAUCUCUGUAGUGUGAGCAGGUUUAGGACUUGAUAAUAAUAAACUUGAUCCGAUCCCCUGUGGCGUGAGUAUGUUUAGGACUUGAUAAUAAUAAACUUGAUCCGAUCCCCUGUAGUGUGAGCAGGUUUAGGACUUGAUAAUAAUAAACUUGAUCCGAUCCCCUGUGGCGUGAGUAUGUUUAGGACUUGAUAAUAAUAAACUUGAUCCGAUCCCCUGUGGCGUGAGUAUGUUUAGGACUUGAUAAUAAUAAACUUGAUCCAAUCCCCUGUGGCGUGAGUAUGUUUAGGACUCGAUAAUAAUAAACUUGAUCCGAUCCCCUGUGGCGUGAGCAUGUUUAGGACUUGAUGAGAAUAAACUGUAAAAUGUGUUUUUAUGGUAUAAAUGUACGUUCAUUGAGUUUGUAAUACACAUCAUUACAGUUCCUUUUCUCAUUCUUUUGUUCAUGUUUAUCAAAGACAUGAGAGAACUUUAUGGAACAGUCAUGGUUCAUGGAGGAUUGGUAGGACUAAGUGACAGUUGUGAAUUUUCAAAGAGUUCAUGGAUGGUGACUACCGUUCUUGUGUUACAUGUGGAAUGAUAUAUAGCAUGUAUAAUGAUUACAUCAAACUGUUGUAUGAAAAGAAUCAAUAAAAUUUAAUAAAACUCAG